AUGUUCACUUUCCAAAAAUUUCCGGACACCCACCCAGGACAACCCGUCAGGCUGAUCCUCCCCGAGGGAUACAAGUUAUCCACCGUGGGGGCGACCAAAGGCGGCGACGUCAUCUUUGGGUUCAUCAACCACAAGGACUUCGCCGCCUCCGAGAAAGAAACCACAAAUCCUCAAGAGAUAUUCCCCACAUUAUCCGUACCAUCUCAGAACUCGACACUCACAGAAACCUCUCCUCAACUUACAACAGGCCAAAAAAACAGAAUCAGACGUUCAUCCUUAGUGAGAGAGACACAGCAGUCACUCCCCACAUCCAUAUCUGUACAGUCACCGUUCGGGGAUCAGAAAGAACAUCCUUCCCCAUCCAUACCCAGACGCUCUCCAUCACCAGCCUUUUCUCCCCCAGAAUCCGCCACCUUCCCUUCAUCUACCCCAUUACCAGCAUCUUCUCCUUUAGAAUCUACCAGUUUACAUUCAUCUGUCUUACUACCAACUUCUCCGCCAGAAUCCAUCAGUUUCCCUUCAUCUGCCCCAUCAACAGCAAUAUUCCCCCUAAAGGAUGACCACUCACCUCUCCAUUCUUCCUCCCCUAAUCGCACAGCAAUCUUCCCACUCCCUAAAGUCGAUGCCCCUUCAGUAUCUCAGCCACCCGAACCAUCUCAGACCUCGACACCCACAGAAACCUCUACUCAGUGUACAACAGGCCAAAAAUACAGAAUCAGAUGGUCAUCCUUAGCGAGAGACAGACAACAUUCACUCUCCACAUCCAUAUCUGUACAGUCACCGUUCAAGGAUCAGAAAGAAUCUCCUUCCUCAUCAGUACCCACACACUCUCCAUCGCCAGCCUUUUCUCCCCCAGAAUCCAUCAGCUUCCCUUCAUCUGUCCCAUCAACAGCAAAAUUCCCACUGCAGGAUGGCCACUCACUUCUCCAGUCUUCCUCCCCUCAAGGCACGGCAAUCUUCCCACUUCCUAAAGUCGAUGCGCCUUCAGUAACUCAGCCACCCGUACCAUCUCAGACCUCUAAACCCACAGAAACCUCUCCUCAACCUACAACAGGCCAAGAAUACAGAACCAGAUGGUCAUCCUUAGCCACCAACGGCAUUCCUCAGAAGCCGACAUCCAGCCCAUUCACCCAUCAUAGCCCACCAACGGCAUUCCUUAGAAGCCGCCAUCCAGCCCAUUCACCCAUCAUAGGCCACCAGCAGCAUUCCUUAGAAGCCGCCAUCCAGCCCAUUCACCCAUCAUAG